CAGAGGCGGCGGGGCUGCGUUUUUCUCCCCGCCCCUAGAGCCCAACCCGGGCGCCUCUGUGGAGAGUUUCUUUACCUCAGGUUGGAAGCGGAGGCUGAGGCGAAGGGAUGCGUCGCCCCUCGGGCCCCGAGGCCGCCCUGCGCCGGGACCUGCUGGCCUUCUACCGGGCCCAGUGGCUGGAAGGGCGGCUGCCGCUGUGCGAGGAGGCGGCGCUCAAGGGCCGGGCCAGGCGCCUCCUGCCUGGGGCAGCCAAGAGGACGGGGCUGGGCGAGGGCCUCCCGCGGGGGAGACUGGCGCCCGCCCUGGGCUUCCUGGAGCUGCUCUGCGUCCACCUCGCCCUCGCGCCCUGGAGGAAGGAGGCCCGCUCCCUCAAGACCUUUACAGGAAACUUUGUCUACUAUGUGCGAUCUGUUCUCCCAGAAGAGAUUGUGCAAAGAUUACUCGAAAAAAUUGGCUACGUUGCAACCACGGCCACAGAGUUCACAUUAAUUAGGAAGAUAAAUCAGGACGAAGCUGAACAAGCUGCAUUUGAACUGUUCCUGGCCAGAAUUGAGUGUGAAAAUCUCCUUGAAGUUGCUGAGGAUGCAAGUGACAGCAGUUUGGGGGAUCUGCGGCAGGAACGAGAUCAAGAGCACUGGAGUCCAGGAGAGGACCUUGAUAAAAAGCACCAGCCUAUCCAGAGUAAAGAAUAUGUGUUUGCCAGAGGACAAAAUGAGGCACAAGGUGACCAUAGUCCUCAGGAGACAUACCUGACCCAAAGCACUCUGGCCCUCGAAACACCUGAGAAUCCUGAGCUUAGAAGUGAGGUUUCUCACAGAUGUCCUACUGAAGAUUUGCAAACAGCUAUUUCCAAACAUUUUCCUGAGCAAAACAUGGAUCAAAGAAGUGUAGAUGUUGCCUCAAACAUUUGUGCCAAAAGCUCUGACAGUGAGGACUUCUUGAUUAAAUACAGUGACAUUGUCAUUGGACAGAAGCCUCUCCACCUCACAGAUCUCUCUCCAAAAGCAUCAGCCAGUGAGACUCAGGCCACGGGGUUUGUUGAGACAAGACUGGGCCCAACAGCCAAUGGGGCACAGUCGGCCACUCUUCUGUCUCCUGAUGCUAGUGGGCCACAAGCCUUGGCAAUACUAAAUAAUGGCAUUUUGGGAAGCCACUGCCUGUAUGAUUUGAGAACCCAAGAGACAGAUGAACCUAAAAUUUGCAAUGCUAUAAACUGCCUAAGCAUUUAUGAAGCAGAUCCUACAGACCAACCCAAAGAACUGAAAGGCAACAUUGUCCAACACAGCAAUAUGCAUACAGGUUGUAACGUAUCCAGAGAAGAGGACACUUGUGACUUAUUCUGUAAAAAGAAGUUAAAAAUCAAGCUGAUGUAUCCUAUAGAGGAAACAACACAAUUAGAGCAAAGAACUAGCAGAAGUGCAAACCAAGAAUUUCAUCUUUCUGGACUGAAGCUUGCAGAUCAGCCUGAUAGAAACAGAGAAGGCUUCGACAUGAACAGCUAUUCUUCACCAGACCUCUUCUGUAAUGUCACUGGCUGUCAAUGUCCUGUUGUUGAUUCAACUUACAACAAAUGUGUAGUCGGCAAUCCAGGUGCAUCUGGAGCUGGGGAGUACUUUAGGAAUGUAGGAGAGCAAUCCACUUCAUCUUAUACUGUUACACCUGAGGCCCUUGAACAUGGUGGCCUUACAGCAAGUCUUCAGUGCAAGAGGGAAGGAUGUCCUCUGCAUUCCUCUUUUGUAGACUUUAAUACUUGCCUUGCACCAGUGAGUGAAACUAAUCCAGAGGAUUAUGUUAUUAUAAACAAGGAUGACUAAGAAAGGCGGCCACAGAAACAUUCCAGAUGCAAACACCAGUCUCCCAGGAGAUGGGAUUCAAAAGGAUAGGCCUAAUUCCAAGCAGCUCUCCUGCUCUUCUCCAUAGUCACCAGUUAUCCCCAGUAGAAAUAGGAGAGAAGUAGGAGAUUUAUUAGGAUUCUUCAAGGAGUGCAUCACAUUUGUCCGCCUGCCCUUUCCUUUCCCAUUCCCAGCUCCAAUUACUCUCUUCAGAAUGUAGCCUCUGGGCACAAGUAUUGUAGAUAGAAGGCAUAUUAAUGAGAGGUUUAAAUGCAGUGGUUGCCCUCCAGAUGAUUUGAAUUUCUCACAAGCCAUCCCAAACAUGCCAAAUGGUAAAGAAUUAUGGGAGUUAAAUGUCAGAUUUUCUCCAUCUGCCAUGACCAAAGCAAGUUACAUACACAGACGUAACUUUAAUUAUACAUGUAUAUGUCAAAUACAGAAUUCUAGCCUUGGUGUUAUGAAAACACACUUUAUGUUGAGCUUUACUGUUGACACUAGAAAGCGAUCUACGGGUAUCUUACAUUGUGCAAGGUCAAUGAUUUAGCAUGAAUUUAUGCAUAAGGAUAUACUGAAAUAUUAAAAAGUGGGAUUAGAAAUACA